AUUACAUUGGAUUGCACCCGUGAAGAUAAGGAGAGGUAUAUAGAGGGCCGAGGAGGAGUCUCAUCACGGGUUUCUGACCUGACUUGCGACCAACCAUGAAGACUGUCCUUCUCCUCGGUUUCCUCGGCCUUGUUUUGGCCGCCUCCGCUCAGGCUGGAGGGGUGAGCUACAUCCGUGCUGUUGCACCAGAGCCGGAUUUCAGCGAUCCAGCCACUCUGCUCGCCGCCGAAGAAUACGUGAGGCUAGCCAGUUCCAUGAAUUCCAGGCAAACGCAGCGUUGCGGGGUGCCAAAUAAGGGGGGAAAGGCAAGGAUCGUCGGGGGUCACGAAGUGGAUGUAUUGGAAUACCCAUGGCAAAUCGCAUUGGUGGUUCGAGUGCAAUACAACGAAACUACUCAGGCCGGCGGGUUCUGCGGAGGCACUCUCAUCAGCGACCAAUGGGUUCUCACCGCUGCUCACUGUGUCGAUCUUCCAUAUCCCGUGCUGAGUACAACUGUGUACGUCGGAGCCCACGACCUCUCCUUGUCCCGCGAAGAAGAUGGAAGGACCGAGAUCGUUGGUGAAAGCUGGUACACACACCCCGAAUGGGACUCUUCCACCGUGAAGAACGACGUUGCCCUCAUCAAGCUCAGCCAACCUGUCACCUUCGACGGUGAGUGUCGACGAGGGAGAGCCGACAUCCAAUGCGAACCGAGAUGUGGGAAUGCUUGCUUUUGUGUUUCAGAUGCGAUUUGCCCCGUCUGCAUGGGCUACGGUGGAGACAUCGAGAAAAUCGACGUGGAAGCCAUCGGAUGGGGAAAGACCUCCGACGCCGGCGGCCGAGCCGAUACUCUUCAGAGGAUUCACACCACGACCAUGACGAACAGCGCUUGCAGGAUGGCGGACUUCGUCUUUUUCCUUCUCGUUUCCAGCAACCACGUCUGCAUCGAGACCCACGGAGGAGCCAAGAGUGUCUGCAAUGGUGACUCUGGUGGCCCUCUGCUCCGUUGGGAUGGGGACCGUUAUUCCCAGAUCGGAGUCGUGUCCUUCGGCAGCUCCAAGGGGUGCGAAAGCGGGUCGCCUGCUGUCUUCUCUCGCGUUGACAAGUACCAUUCCUUCAUCUGCGGCACCUCUGGCGUGUGUUAAUUGCGCAUCACCCGUCUGAACUAGAAUAAAUAAUCGUAUCCAUGA